AAAAAAAAGGAUCCUCAUCUCAACACUCGUUGUCCUCUUCCUAAUAUUAGUUUGUAGAUUCUAUUGCAUCCCUGUUGCAUCAUUGCUCAUUACAUAUCGUAAAAUGUCUCAUAGACACUAUUAUUACUCUAAGAGUACCAUUCUGUUAAAGUUCUCAUCAUCAUGGAAGAUGAUGACAAUCAUGAUGAUGUUUGCCAUUGUCUUGAUGAUGUGUGCUGGUAAUGCACACUCCGAAGUAGUUGUUGCCUCCACUACUUCUAACAGCAAUACUGCUUCCGGACUUUCUGUUGCAAGUGUUGCUGCUUCUGUUGAUGGUUCUAUUGUUAGUGGAAGUGCUUCCACCAAUAUGACAUCAUCAGGAGAAUCUGAUAAUACGGUUGGUCUUUCCCAAUCUUCUCAUUCUCGUAAAGUUCUAGUUACUGGAAGUGCUGGAUUUAUUGGCUUUCAUCUUGCUGAAAAGCUUGCAAAGGAAGAGUUUGCCUAUUGGAACAAUUUUAUGGCAACUCUUGUCAAUGAAACAAAGGGCAAUAUUGAACAAAUUGAUUUGGCAUUGAAUAAUGUUGAACGUAGUGUCAUGAUUGGUCUUGAUAAUUUCAAUGACUACUACUCAACUGACUUGAAAUACAUGAGAAAGAAACAAUUGGAAAAGACUGUUAGAGAAAUCAAUCAAAAUUUGAUUGAACAAGCGAGUACAAUUUUGAGAAAAGAAGAAGCAGACAUUAAGCCAUUCAUUGAUUUUCAAGUCAUUGAGGGAGAUGUAUGCAAUACUUCAAUUUUGAGUGAAAUUUUCGAGAAAUACACCUUUACACAUGUUCUCCAUCUUGCUGCCCAAGCUGGUGUAAGAUAUUCCCUUAAAAAUCCCCAAACCUACAUUAGAAAUAACAUUCUCUGUCAAAUAGAAUUGUUGGAAACUAGUGUUAAAUACCAAAAAACUAAUCCUCCAGUUUUUGCCUAUGCCUCCAGUUCAAGCGUUUAUGGAAACAUUCAAGAAUUUGAUCCAUCUGCAUUCCAUGAACAAAUGAACAUUAACAAACCUACCAAUGUAUAUAGCGCCUCCAAGAUAUCCCAAGAAUUAUUUGCUGAAACUUAUAACUACCUUUACGGUAUUCCAGUUAUUGGAUUGAGAUUCUUUACUGUUUAUGGCCCUUAUGGAAGACCAGAUAUGGCUCUUUUCAGUUGGGUUGAUCAAAUUGUUAAGGGUAAGCCAAUUACUCUUUACACUCUCGAAGGAAAAGAGUUAAUGAGAGAUUUUACCUAUAUUGAUGAUAUUGUUAAUGGUAUUAUCAAUUCUAUGAAUUAUGGAGAUCGUGUUAAAAGAGAAGAAGGAAGAGCUGUUCAUGAUGUUUUCAAUUUAGGUAACCAUACUCCUGAGAAGGUUACUGAUAUGAUCAAGUAUAUUGAAAAGGCUCUCGAUAAGAAGGCCAAGAUUAAUCAUGUAAAGAAACCACCAACUGAUAUGACCAUUACCUUUGCUGACAUUACACACAGUCAAGAAUUACUCAAUUUCCAACCAAAGACCAAACUCGAAGAUGGUGUUCGUAAAUUUGUUGAUUGGUACUUGAAAUACUAUCACUUUUCCAAUAAUCAAGUAACAGACGAUGUUAUUUUUACCACUUACUUUGUUACAAAGGGUCAUCCAGAAAGAGAUGAACAAUAUGGUGACUCUUGUUUUGAGCCAAUGAGAGAAUGGUACGAAUCGGUUCACAAACAUAAUCUUAGAGCUGUGGUUUUCUAUGACGAUGCCAAACUUUACACCAAGUGUGGUUUCAACAAGUUAACUUCAUAUAAUGUAAGAUUUGAACUCGUUCAAUUGGGUGAGAGAUCAACCAAUGAUGAGAGAUUCUUCAUUUAUGAAAACUUCCUUCUUCAAGCUCAAAGAGAAUCAACUAAAGGCCUCAGUCUUUUACCAAAGAGAGUUAUAAUGACUGAUCUAUUUGAUAUCAAGUUUAAUAAGAAUCCUUUCGAAUAUCUUUCUACCUUUGAUGAAUGUGAUGGUGAUGUAUGUGAAAGUACUGACAAGCUCUUCUUUGGUUCAGAGCCAACCACUAUUGGUUCAUCCAAGUGGGCUCAACAAAAGCUUGCUCAAUGCUCCAUCACUAUUGAUGAAGUCAAUGGAUCAUUCUACUAUAACAAAUCAGCUCCUUAUCCACUUAAUACCCUUUCUAAACAUCAAACACCUCUAAAUAGUAUGCUUCUUAAUCCUGGAAUUGUUGGUGGAAAUGUUGAAGUUGUAAUGAACAUGUUGGCUAUUUACAAUCAAUUCAUGAGAGCCUCACCAGUUCAAUCCAACUGCAACACACCAGUUUUCAAUAUUUUAAUGUAUCAACAUGAAGCUUUCCAAGCUGAAAGAAAUGAAAAUGGACUUUCUUCCCUCCUUGUUACCGGCCAACCAUUACAUACAAUUUUCAAAGCAUUCGAUGAAAGUGAUCAAUACUACAUCAAGCAUAAAUAAACACCAUCCACUACUUUUUUAAU